UUAAGUCUUCUAAACACAAGUCUUGCCUCUAUCUUCCCUCUAUCUCUGGAAGAGUCAACAGACAGCAAUCUUUUGGAUCAUGACAAUAAAUUACCUUUUUAUUCACUUUCCCCAAGCCUUCCAAAGGAGGAGACGGAGGAGGGGAAGGGAGGGAGGGGGUGAGUCUGGAGGAGGGGGGGGAGUCGCAAGAACACUCAGACAUCUCACAGGCAAACAGUGCUCAUCCCCACUACACCUCACCGUAGGCUUCUCUUGCCAGCACCACCACCAGCCCCAUUUGACAGAUGGAGGACAGGAGGCUCCGAGAGUUAAAAUGGCUUGCUCUGGGGUCACCCAGCCAGAGGGUGGGGAAGGCGACUCCACUCAGGCCUUCUGACUCCAAGUCCAGUGCUAUUUCGAGGUGACACACAGGACCUGGAGUCAGGAGCCCUGGGUAGCUCUGUCACCCGCUGGCUGCGUGGUCCUGCACAAGCCGCUCACCCCUCACAGUCUCUAUCCCCAGCUGUAAAAUGAGGAGGCACGCGAUGGCCCGCCCAGGUCCUCUUCCAGCCCGGCUCUCUGAGCCUUCUAGGGGCGUCUGCAAAGCUCCCCCUAUCAAUUACAUUUCCCAAGUUGGGCCGGCAAAGAUCACCAGAAAGAGCCUCAGACUGUCACGUGGUUAAAUAAAAAAAGCAAACGUCCCAGAUUAACUUUCACUGCACUGCUCCAGCUGACACCUGAUUACCCAAUUUUCUAGUCUCUUUGGGUGAAAUAUUCCUGCUGGGUAGGCCCGCCGGGCGGCUAAAUGGGCAAAUAAUUAAUUAUUGGAGAGUCUUGAAGAUGGAGUUAAAAUCUGGGGUCGCGUUCCGAAGGGAUAGUUCUUGGGGCAAUUCGGCCCCGCCCUCAUCCGAAGCCUCGAGCCCCAGGCUGGAGGUGGCACCGGCCUUCAGAACAAACACGGGCUCCGAGCUGGGGACGGCGCCCGGUGACCGCCGCGGGAGCUCCACUGCAGUUUCGUCAGAGAGCACCCACUCCUGUCACGCGCGGGUCGCCGGAGGGGCUCCCAGGGAGCAGCCAGAGCCCGGGACGCCGCCUCGCCUUCCCUUCCCCCAGCAUCGCCGAGCGCGCACCGGGGCCGCGCGCCGCGGGGGGACCCAGGGGGCCCCAAACAGUCCUUCCGCCGUCAUCCUGCCCACCUUCCCCCCCCGGGGGGGACUCCAGGAAGGUGUUAUCCCCGCCCGCACGUCCACGUGCCCCGCAGACCCCUAUGUCCAUCCACAGCAGGCAACUGGCAGGAAACUCUGCUCUGCGGGCGCCAGUGAUGAGCCGCAGGGGGCCAGAAGCAGCACGCGGGGUACCGGAGACUGGAGCACUAGGGGACUCUGGGGUAGGGGGCAGGCGCCUGUGCCGGGGCCCCAAGUCCACGUGAAAGUACGGCAGCAAGUGCCGGGAGUCUGAGGGCGCGCCUCCAGCACCCAGAGCCAGCCUGAGGGUCCCCUCGCAGCUUGGCGCCGCUCCACCUCCCCAAGGAAGCGCGAUACACACUCCCCAGCUCCGUCGGCGGGGGGGCGGACUCCAAGAGACCAAACCGAGACCCUCCCCAGCGGCGGAGGCGUCCCCAACGUUCCGGCAUGCUCUGGGGGGGCCUAUAGCUCCCUGCCUCCGUGACGGAGCGCAUCGCAGGGCGCAUGGAAGGGGUACUCUGCAGCCCGGAGCCUCCGACACCCCCAAUGCGCCCACCGCUGCCUCCCGGCCUCCGCGGCUGAGGCAGCAGCCCCCGCAGCUCAGCACCUCUGGCCCCGGGCCCGCCUCCCCUGCUAGCCGUACCUGCGUGUCCGCGAGAUAGUUGAGGAAAAAGGAGGAAAGCUCUUCGUCCAGCAGCGCGCCGCAGUCAUUCCCCGCCAUCUUCCAGCCGCGGCUGCAGCGUGCGGCGGAGUCAGCGCGGAGCCGGCCGGGGGAGGAAGCGAGCAAGCAGCCGAGGGAGGCGGGAGGAGGGAGCGAGGCUGGCGGGAGGCGGAGGGCGGAGCUCCAGCCCGGGCUGCCGCAGGGCCGCUGGCUGCGGAGGCGGGGCUGCGCGGUGCCUGCGCAGGCCGGGGGUCGCGCCCCCGCUUCCCUGCGUUACGUCUGGCACCGCGAUCCUUGCCUGCAGCCCCUAGCUCGGAGAAAAGCGCCCGCAGCUGGGUGACGAUGCCCCAGCCGGCAGCCGGAUGCCUGCGCAGCAAUGCGGGCAGCCCCCUGCUCCUGCCAGAGCGAAUCACGUUGCGUUAGCGCUGGGCGGGUCCUUCGAGACAACCUGCUACGGCACAGCUGGGGAAACUGAGUCCCGGGAAGGCUGAAGACCUUCCGUAGCAGGAAUUACAGAUCCCAGGUCUGACUGCCCUGCUUGAGUUUCUCAACCAGGGCUUCAAGGACAGAAACGGAGGGAUACCAUAGUUCUGAAGUGUAGAAAUCAGGGAAGGUUCCUCGGAGGGGGUUGCAUUUUAAUCUUUUCCUUGAAAGAUGCGUUGAUCCAUGUUCCAUUAAGUUUGACCACCUCCUUCUCUCUCAAGCCUCCCUUCACUCCACUGUUCCCCCACCCCACAAAAA